UAGUGUGAUGGAUUGAUAAUACCUCCAUAUCUCAAAAUUCAUAUAUAAACAAAAAGUCCAAAUUUUAAACAGGCUGUCGCCAGAUGUCCUUAGCGUCGAUUUAAAGCCACGGUAUUUUGGUAAACAAAGACACAAACCUUUGCAAAGCUUGACAAAACUAAGCGACGCUACUUCGCUUUCUGAGAGAGCAGACAACUUAGCUAGCAUUUUUCAAGGAAUCCUUACGUGUGUUUAUAUAUUUCUAUCAUGGUAUGAAAGUGUAAAUCUGUCUAAUCUAUUUACACACUGAUGUUUAAAGACGUCACGCUCCUUCACGGGUAUGCAUGCCGUAAGGUCGAUGUAUGUAGAGUUAAAUGGCCCAGCUGGUGAGGGGCUAGCCAAGGCCCGAGAGUCCCGUCCAUUCACUGCUUUCUCAUAUUCACCGAGUUAAGAGGGAACACCCGUGUAUAUCAAGAUUUGCAUCAUGUUACAGUGUGUGUAUCCCCGGUCCGUUGACCAGCUGAGGCUGGGGCCAAUGGAUCGUUGGGACGUGCUGUGAUCGACUUGUUGCGUAACAAGAGACGCCGUGGGACAGCAGAGUUCAGGUGUCCUCCACUAACCGGUCAAGGUUCAAUACAACAUCCCAGCAAAAUGGCAUGCAAGCCGACAGUGCACCUCCACGUCCAUUAUGGCAACUAUUACGCGGCUGUGUAUCUAUAUCUGCACGCCCUCGUCGACAGACCGGCUCCCUGCUAUACGGGCCGCCUCUGGCAAAGGCCACCACCACCACCACGGACCAACCCUGACUGAGCAGUGAGCAGAUUUCCCGGGAGGCUUUCGACGCUUGAUAUUCUAAUCAAUGUAAAGGUUGUUGUUCAGUGAAACGUUGUCUUUUACUACUAAUAAUGACAGAAGAUCCAUAACAAUUAGGUAUACUACUUCGAUCAACAGGAGACUAAAUGAGUCACAAGAAAAAUCCCUCGACUCGACAACCUCAGAAGAAAGCGAAUAUUCGCCAAGUUUUCCUGUAGGGGAUCAGCGCUUACCCUGUGCUGCAUCAUCCCUCAUCCUCGGCAGCUGCAACCAGCGCCACCGCCAGGGACAGACAUGUGCUGAGGUAUAGAAGAAUGCCACGCGGGACAGUAAGUGCCUGGCAUGGAAAAAGGGAAGUAAAUUGGUGUGAUUUGCCGUGCCAAGGCUUGCAGCGUGCAUACGUGUGCGUGUGGCUGGUGGUGGUGUGUGGUGUGGUGACGCUAGGUGGGGGCGGCGUCGUACUGGUGGUGGGCCCGUGGCUCCUGCAGCAUCCAGAGACACACUGCCACCACACGGAGACUCUGGACCAAAGAUGUGAAGGCUGGGACAUGACAGGGCGAGGCGACGGUCGUGACAGCGUAAUGAAUAAGGAGUCUCCCUUUCCCCGACUGUUUUACAAGGUUCCGUCAAUGGUAGAUGAGACAAGGAGAGUAACAUCGGCAGUUCAUUCCUUUGCCCAACCCCUUCGCAAUUCUGACUCCCAGCCACAGGGAGAAAACCUCGCCCAACGCCUGCAGAGCCUUCUGAGGGAGCCCACAGCCACUUGCAGGAAGCUGAUCAGGGUGGGCGGUCGGUCCUGCCUUGGUGCUUACGAUGGUUCAAAAGUGAGUAAAUGAUACUGAGUGAGUAAAUCAACGGAAUUAAUAAGCGAGUAAAUUUGUUCAGAAGUGAGUAAAGGAGUGAUCCCGUGACCUAAAUUAAUUAAACACUGAAUGGGUAAAUAUGUGAGUGACUGACUGACCGUGUUUCUCUUUCUUGAACGAGUGUAAAAAAAAAUACAUCGACUAUUCCUUCGUAGGGGUAAAUGAAACCUGUCGACUCGAUUGGGGUACGGAAAAUAAGUAAAAUGUUAUCACUUCUUUUCGUGGGGAUCAGAUGGUUUGUCUGGACGAGGGGGCCGGCGUGGUGCCCAGAGACUGUCUCGUGUAUUCCUUCGGUGUGGGCAACGACUUCACCUUCGACACGCACAUGCAGGACUUGGGCUGUGAGGUGCAUGCCUUUGACCACGACAACGACCACGAAAUCUACGACCACCGCCUGGGACCCACCGCCUUCUUUCACAAGACCCGCAUCGGUGCAGAGACGGGAUACACGAGGUUCUGUGAUGCCAUCGCGUGUAACCCCCUCAUCCAUUAUCUCGCCCUGGCAGACAUCACCAAGUCACUGGGUCAUCAGGGCCGACGACUCGCUUACCUAAAGAUGGACAUUGAAGGAGAGGAGUGGACAGUACUGCGACAGAUCCUGAGUCACCCGCCAGCCACCGCCACCCUCGCCGCUACCUCACAGCUCUCCCUCGAGAUUCAUCUGGAUCUUAACGGGAACAAAACGGUGGUAGAGAAGAGGGAGCAGAUCUCAUCAUAUCUCUCGGUCCUCUCAAGCCUGAGCAGCCUUGGCUUCAGGCUGGUCAACCAUGAGGAAAACGAACUCAACCCCCAAUCAGAGGAGAUCGAUGGAACUCUCCUGCGUCUUUACUCAGAGAUUCUCUUCAUAAACACUAACAGCAGCAUUAUAUUUCAAUAAUUCCGAUCUUUCCAUAUUGCCCCAAACCCAAUUAGUUAUUAGAUUGUACCCCAAAAAUUUAUGUCCAUUCCUAAACACCAAGAGAAAGAGGCUGUAAACAUCUUUUUUGUUCAAUUAUUUACUUGGAAAACUUAUAUAAACUUCACACCGUAAAAUACUUACACCCAUAACAAGACUGCAUGAAGUUUCCAGGUCAUGAGGAACUAAUAUAAAUUAGAUAAGGCAUCAAACUAGGAUGGAAGUUUCUUUCAAUACCCUACAUGUUUACACAUCAACAAUUUGGAACACUAUUACCUAAACAUUAAUGAAUCUAGUACUCAAGAUUUUAAAACCAAAUUCCCAAGACUGGAAUGUUUACUGCCAGACAAGAAUUUGACUCAUUACCCAUCUUUACACACUAACAGAAGUCGCAAAGCAAGUGUUAACCUUGACUAGGCAUGCCUUGCACCUUCAUCUUCCAAAGUUUAAUGCACACCUACAGUACUAUAGCAUUGGAGAUAUCCCAUAUAUAAAUAUAUAGGUGGGUAAGUGCCGCCAGUCAUUUACAAAGUCAAACAAAUUCAAACCUGCAUGUCACUUUGUGAACAGUACUGAAGACAUCCAAUAUCUGUACACUGCAUUUAGAUGGCACAAACAAUUAAGAGGACAAAUUUUAAUUCUACAAAAUCAGAUCUAUUCUUAUUAAAUCCAACAGGAAUUAAAUACCUCAUGAUCAUCCAGACUAUCAAAUGAAUCCUUCCACAGCUAACUAGUAUUUACAAGCAUAUAUCAGCAUCAACAUCAACAUUUAUGGCUAAUGUAGUCUUCAGCCAUUUCAUUUAUUAAAUAAUUGAA